AUUUAAAUAAUUCAAAUUUUAAUCAUCGACGUAAAAUGGAAAGACGUGCAGAUGAACAACAACAACAACAAUUUCUUCGUCUUUCAAAUUCCUUAACUUCAGGAACAAGCCUUUCUGUAGGAAGUAGCAGUGCAAGUUCUUCGGUAGAACCUCCAAUAAAUUCAAAUAAUUUAAUGACUUCUUCAAAAAAUAGUCUUCUUGAACUUUUUGGUUUUGGUGCUUCUUCUAGGCGAAAUCAAUGGAGAAAACAAUUAAAUAAUAAUUUAAAUAAACAAUCAUCAAUAUCAAAAAUUGUGGAUAAUUUAGUAAUUAAUACACGGAAAGUUGGGGGUGGAAAUAAAAAAAGAAGAAAAGGAAAAAAUGAAGAAAAUGAAGAGGGAGGAAAUAAUAAAAGGCAUUCAACAGCAUUAUUAAUGUUUUCUAAUGAAAAUACAGAUGGAUAUUCUUCUUCUUCCGGGGGAGGAGGAGGGGGGAAUUUAACAGAUAGUCAAAUAAAAAUAGAAUCAGAACCUUCCUCUAAUAAACAACAAUUUUUAAUUAAAUGUAGAAAUAAUAAAAAUAAUACUAAACGUCCACAAAGCUGUUUUUUGGAAACAAAUAAGAAUAAUAAUAAAUUAAUAAUUAAAGAUUUUUGUAAAGAAGAUAAAGAAGGAAAAUUUAGAAUUAAGAUUGUGUUUGUUAUUUAUUUAAUAUUUAUUUAA